AACUCGAGCGUUAGCACCAACCAGCUCUGAGCACCAUCAGUCUCCGGAAAGCCUUCUGAAUUAGACAAGGGCUGCCUCUCAGCACAGCUACAAAACACUUUCAACCUGACCAGCUAAAUGGAUAAACCUAGCCCGCAUAGCUUUUAAACUGGGGUCUCACACAGCACAGGCGGCCUGCUUGCUUCAACAGCUGAAAAAUCCUGAGGAUGAACUGCUUUAUCUGGGAAUGGCAAAAGCCAGCACAAUAAGGAAUGCCAGGUGGUGGUGAUUUCUACAGGAGAAACCAAAUAAGAAGAAAGCUGAGAGAGGGGGGCAGACGUUUUUUGGAUGACAAAGGAUGGGUUUCCGUCUAAUCACGCAGCUGAAAGGCAUGAGUGUGUUUCUGGUGCUAUUUCCCACCCUGCUGCUGGUGAUGCUGACGGGGGCUCAGAGAGCUUGCCCGAAGAACUGCAGAUGCGAUGGCAAGAUUGUGUACUGUGAGUCUCACGCCUUUGCAGACAUCCCCGAGAACAUUUCUGGAGGGUCACAAGGUUUAUCCUUAAGGUUCAACAGCAUUCAGAAACUCAAAUCCAAUCAGUUUGCCGGCCUUAACCAGCUUAUAUGGCUUUAUCUUGACCAUAAUUACAUUAGCUCAGUGGAUGAAGAUGCCUUUCAAGGGAUCCGCAGACUGAAAGAAUUAAUUCUAAGCUCCAACAAAAUUACCUAUCUGCACAAUAAAACAUUUCACCCAGUCCCCAAUCUCCGCAACCUGGAUCUUUCCUACAACAAACUUCAGACCUUACAAUCUGAGCAGUUUAAAGGCCUCCGGAAACUCAUCAUUUUGCACUUGCGAUCAAAUUCCCUAAAGACCGUGCCCAUAAGGGUUUUCCAAGACUGCCGGAACCUUGACUUUCUGGAUUUGGGUUACAAUCGCCUCAGAAGCUUAUCCCGAAAUGCAUUUGCUGGUCUUCUGAAGUUGAAGGAGCUCCAUCUGGAGCACAAUCAGUUUUCAAAGAUCAACUUUGCUCAUUUUCCUCGUCUCUUCAACCUGCGAUCCAUUUACCUGCAGUGGAACCGGAUCCGCUCUGUGAGCCAAGGCCUAACAUGGACCUGGAGUUCCUUGCACACCUUGGAUCUAUCAGGGAAUGACAUCCAAGCGAUUGAGCCUGGCACAUUUAAAUGCCUCCCCAAUUUGCAAAAAUUGAAUUUGGAUUCCAACAAGCUCACCAACGUCUCCCAGGAGACCGUGAAUGCAUGGAUAUCCUUAAUAUCCAUCACCUUGUCCGGAAACAUGUGGGAAUGCACUCGGAGCAUCUGUCCUCUGUUCUACUGGCUGAAGAAUUUCAAAGGGAAUAAAGAAAGUACCAUGAUCUGUGCAGGGCCUAAGCACAUCCAGGGUGAGAAGGUCAGUGAUGCUGUGGAGACUUACAACAUCUGCUCUGAGGUCCAGGUGGUCAGCACAGAAAGAUCACACCUGGCACCUCAAACUCCCCAGAAGCCCCCGUUCAUCCCCAACCCUACCAUCUUCAGACCUGAUGCCAUCCCAGCGACCCUGGAGUCAGCAAGUCCAUCCCCGGGCUUUCAGAUUCCAGGCACGGAGAAUGACUACGAGCACGUAUCGUUUCACAAAAUUAUCGCAGGGAGCGUGGCUCUGUUCCUCUCGGUGGCCAUGAUUCUCCUGGUGAUCUAUGUGUCUUGGAAAAGGUACCCAGCCAGCAUGAAACAACUCCAGCAGCACUCGCUUAUGAAGAGGCGGCGGAAAAAGGCCAGGGAGUCAGAGAGACAAAUGAAUUCCCCUUUACAGGAAUACUACGUGGACUACAAGCCGACGAACUCUGAGACCAUGGAUAUAUCGGUUAAUGGAUCUGGUCCCUGCACAUAUACCAUCUCUGGCUCCAGGGAGUGUGAGAUACCCCACCACGUGAAGCCCUUGCCGUAUUACAGCUACGACCAACCAGUGAUUGGGUAUUGCCAGGCCCACCAGCCUCUCCACAUCAACAAGGCCUACGAAGCUGUGUCCAUAGAUCAAGAUGACAGUCCCAGCCUGGAGCUUGGGAGAGACCACAGCUUCAUCGCCACCAUAGCCAGGUCGGCUGCACCUGCCAUUUAUCUGGAGAGAAUAACAAACUAACAGUAAAGCCAACUCCUUAAUAAAGAGCUCAUAGGAGAAGGAAGGCCUUCAUCGCAAAAGAGAUGAGAUGUCCAGCAUUCUCCAACCUCAAGAGUUCUUUGCUCCUGUACAGAAAUUUAGGGCAUAGUGAGAAAAACAAAACAAAACAAACAAACAAACAAACAAACUGCUUAUGAGGUUGGGCAGCUGGCAAACCUACCACCAACCCGGGAGAACAUAGAACUUUCUGUGCUUUAAAAUAUAAAAUAAACACAAGUACUCCCGAAUGUAAAUAGUCAAGAGUGCUACGUUCUUAUAAAAAUAGAUUUCAUCCUAGCUAUCUAUAGGUUUGUUUGUAUAUUUGAUUUUUCUACACUGCAUGGUUCCUGGGAUGGAGAACCACAGGGGGGAGGGGGCCGAUUUGGGGGAAACAAUGCAGUUUUUCUUGUAAGGUGUGCAUAACACUCACAGACCUUGUUUCCAAUGUCUUCAUUUUGUUUUUCCUUUAAAAUCUGGUUUUAUUCUUUUGUUUAUUUUUUUAAUUUACUGGAGGAAUGACUUUCUACUUCUAAAUAUAAGUACUUACUUGGCACCAAAAGAUUUAGGUUUGCAGUGACCUAAAGUGAAAAAAAAAAUGACCACAACAUUGAAUAAACUACUGGACUGGGUUUAAUAAAUCAAAGUGUCCACUCCUUCAGUGCACAUCAUCGAUGGCAUUCGGAGCCCUGGCUUGUUCCUCCAUCGGUAUCCAUCACAAAAGGAAACCUGAUACCCAGACCUGUGAGCACUGGAGUGGAGAAGAACCUGAGAAAUACCCUCAGUGGAGAGAGGGUCUCUACAAACAAUGGACAAGAGUCCAGUGGAUGAAUAAAUCAAGGGUUGAAUUUCUAAACUCAACACGAUGUAUAAUAUUGCUUUUAAAUUUAAUUAUCACUUAGCUUUUGUGUAAUUUUUAUCAAUAAAAGAAAAAUGUUG